AUGGACACUCAACUCAUCUUAAGUAUUCCCUUAAAUUCAAGUCGUAUUGAUGAUGUUUGGUUCUGGUCUUUUGAGAGCUCAGGGAAUUUUUCAGUGAAAAGUAUGUAUCGGCAUUCGCAACAAAGAAAGGAAGAUGAUUUGCAGCUGGUGGGAUCUGAUUUCUGGGGUAAAUUAUGGCGUCUUAAAGUUCUUCCAAAGGUGAAAGAUUUAUUGUGGAGAGCUGCCUCGAAUUGUCUACCAACUAAGGUACAGCUGCGGCAUAGACAUGUCAACAUUGACUCCAUUUUCCCUGUGUGUUCCUUAGAUAGUGAGAUAAUAUUACAUCAUCUGGUGGAGUGUUCUUUUGCUCGGGCUUGUUGGGUCAAUACGAGACUCGGAGUUACAAUAGAUUAUGCUAGAACUUUCACAGAGAAAAGUCCAAAUGUGGCUGUUGUCACUCUUUUGGCUACAAGAAUGUUGGAACAAUGGAGCAAGGCGCAAGAUAAAUCAUCUCAAGUUUUCACUGUUGCAUUUUUGACAGCAGCUGAUGGUGCUGAAUUGUAUAGCUUUGCUUGUAUUGCUAGGGAUGCAUCGGGCCAUGCUUUGGAAGCCAUUUCCUGCUGCAAACAAGGCACCGUGACUCCAGAAUUAGCAGAGGCUAUGGGCGUGAGAGAGGCUUUAAGUUGGCUAAAGAGGAAGGGUUGGCAUCGGGUUACCAUUGAAACAGAUUGUCUUAUUGUGGUUCAAGCUCUUCGUAGUCCACUUCCUAUGUUUUCCUAUUUUGGAAGUGUAAUUUCAGAUUGUAAGACGUUAUUGAAAGAUGUCAAUGAUGUGUUUAUUUUAUUUGUUAAACGAUCUGACAAUGGUGUUGCUCAUACAAUUGCUCGAGCUUCAUCUUGA